UUCCUAAUAGAUUUUAAUUGGAAUGGUUUUUAUGGCUUUAUUCUUUUUAUUGUCUAUUUUAUUGUGUGUGGUGAAUGCAAGCAGCUGGCCGCUUUUUAAUAUCCUUUGGGAUACAAAGCUUAUUUUUCUUUUUCUUUCACUCUCCACUGAUGUUUCAUAAAUCGUGCCACACUGGAGCCUUGGAUGAAAAAGUGCAUCUCCCUGUUGAGUUUGGCCCUUUAUUAGUUUAAGGGAAUAUAUAUUUUUUUCAUUUCCAUUUUAUAUGUUUCCAUUCAUUUUCUAUUUGCAAAAAACGUUUUUUAAGAAAGACAAAUGAAUCUUACUUCUUUGAAAUCUCUUGAUUAUUUUUUUUCCCGCACAGUAAAAUGUAUGUUUUUUUAAUUCAAUCGUUUUAACGUUAUGAAUAGUUUGUACAUGAGAGCAAAUUACAUUUGUGUGAACAAGUAGACUACUUUGCACUCAUUGGGUAAGUGAUUUAGUGAUUUUAAUGACUGUAUCUAGUUUCGUGAGUGACACAUUAAAACUAUUGUGCAUUUUCUAUUUCACUAAUAAAUCUUGUAAUGCCAUUCCUAAGAUUUCGUCUUACUAAAGUGCUCUUUAGUUUUUUGUCUUAAAUUUUCAUAUGUACAAGUGUUUUGUGCUCCCACAUAGUUUUGAUUUCAUGUGAUGAGCAGAUGUGGUUUGUUUUUUCUUCUUACUGGUCCCACACUUGAUGGAAUAAAUAAAACACUACAAGGGAAAGAAGGGAGACCCUGAUAUCUGCUGGUUUUGCUCACAUUUCACAUAAGUGCUUUAUCUCAGUCUCUUAUCUUUGUAGUCCACACCUUGUAAAGGUGUGGGAAGUGGAAAACAUUUUUGCACGUGUAUCAGAUACCUUUUAUACACAAACAAACCAGUUUGUUACGUUGUGUUUUUGGGAACUAGUUUCUCCAAAAUUAAUGCAAGAUUGUCCCUCAUUUUUUCAUUUUGUAAUGUUCUUGUUGUUGCUAUUUUUUUGGACAGCUGGACUCAUGCUGACCCUGAUGGUGAUUUCAGAUGAAAAAUCAGGUUUGGGCCCAGCUUGACUGAAAACGUUGUGCUGUGUAGGUGCUGACCUCCAUCUGCACUGCAGUUUUUUCUUCCCACAGACAGUUAAUUAUUUCCUAAACCCUCACUCCUAUUGCCGACACAGCCAGAUGACAAUGUCAUGCUCUCCACUUUCACAUCAUGCUGGCUGGGAUUCACUUCUUUCUUGCUGUCUGCGUAUUGUGGGGCUUAGCUGCCUGUGGCCCCCAGAUGAGCCCCCACCUCAACACUGCAGACCAGGAGCUGUUCUGGGGGGCCGACCAGUACGACUUUUCUGUGGUGCUUCCUUCAGGUGGAACUGAAUGUUUCUGGCACUUUGCUCAUCAUGGAGAGACAUUUUACUUGAGCUUCAUGGUCCAGUGGGUGACGGGAAUCGGUAAUGCCAGGCAUCUCACAGUUACGGUCAAUGCUCCCGGUGGUUUGUUGGUGUCCACGGUGGAUGAUGCAAAGGGUCAGGUCAACUUCAAGGCCUCAGAAACAGGCUUUUAUCAGAUGUGCUUUAGCAACUUCCACAACCGCUUCAGCACCAUGCAAAUUUUCCUCAGCUUCGGUGUUUACUAUGAUGACCAGGACCCCUCUAAGGCAGAGAAGGAGAAGAAGAAAGAAGAACUUGACAAAGACCUAAACAAUACCCUGAGCAUCAUUGAGGGUUCCACCAACAGAGUGAAGAAUUUUGUCUUCCACAUGUUUCGUUAUUACGCAUUUGGCCGCAUGAAAAAGAGCUCUGACUACUACAUUCUGCGCUCUAACUCAAAGUACAUGACAUGGUGGUCCGUGGCCCUCAGCCUACUCAUCGUCACCUCCGGGUACCUGCAGCUACGCUUCCUAAAAAGCCUGUUUGUGAGCAGGAGUGAAGACACAAAACCCUGCUGACUGUGGCUUCAUUCUGAGCAGAACCAAGUCCUUCCUGCAAAGAUUUGCUGAAGAGUUUUGAUCAAAAAUAAAAAUAAAACACUGAUGGUUGUCCUGCGUUA